GAGCUUGUAAACCCUAGAUCUCAAUUCAUUAUCAUUCUAUUAUUCAUCUUCUCCACAAUACUUGAGCUCAAAUCUCUACAUUUUAUACAUACUUGGAUACCUAAUAAUCCAUCAAUGGUGCUCUCGUUGAGAGAUUAGAGCACAAUCAAGCGAGAAACCCUCCCAAAAAUAUCAAAAACUUCAUCCAAAAUACGAGAACUCAGUCAAAAACGGAGCUGGAAAUGUCAAGAACAAAAAAGAUCAAUCUGAAAAAAUCUAGAUCCAGGUGACAAAAGUCGUUGCAGAGGUCGCCGGACGCCGCCACGGCAGAAAAUUGCCGCUGGAACUCACCGACCUGUUCACUGAUCUCGCCGGCCUUGGAGUUGACGCCGGACGCAGUUUGCUGAAGCUUGCCGCUGCUCCAGUAGGAGCAGAUCUUGAAGUCUCCUGAGCCGGAGCUAUCAUCGCAGUCUUCGAAGCCGCCCUGCAAGCAAACGCCUGCGGAUGCCCCAGAUCUCGCCACCAACGUCGAAGCAUCGCCGCCCAGAUCUCACCGGCACUGCUCCAGGAUGCGCCGUUGCUCCGGAUCUGAUUUCCCAAGGGCGGUCCACCAUUAAUGGCCGUUUGGGAGCUCCUGGAAGGGAUGUUCGACCUCGCGUUCAGGAUUCUCCACCUUCUCCCGUUACAACCAACGCUUGAAGCUUGCUUCUUCGCCGGUGCCGCCAGUCGCAGCUCCGCGAUCGUCUGGUGAGCCCUCCAUUAAUGGCCACAGCAAUUUCCCUGUUCAAAGCUUCCACUCCAGAUCUCGCCGGAGACAGGGCAACGUCGAACGGAGUAGCAGCAGUUCCGACGAGUCUUUUCCACUCUCCGGCGACGCCCAGGGACGAGAAUCUAUGAUGAUUUCACGCACCCUCACUCCUCUGACAGUGACCGAAGACCCACCGCAAAAAUGGCCGACAGAAUGCCCUGCGACCAGCGGCAGAGGUAUCUCCUCCUCCAUUUCUCCUAUCUCAUUCACAGAAGCCAAAGGGAUUUGAUGAAUGGGCCCUAAGUUGACCCAGUCAACUGUUGAAGAUGCUUGGAAACUUUCAGCCAAGAUGGCAGCAGUAGUAAAUCGGUGAUGGGCCACAAUUUCUUCAUCAGCCCACAGUUCAGCCCAUUUCACAGCUAAGUGCCCAAUACUCUUAUAUAUACUCUUAAAAUAUUUAUUAAAUGAUAGUAGUAUAAUUAUUACUAUUAUUAAUUAUAUUAUUUCCACCACCAUUAUGGCGGGUUAAAAAACCCCCGAGGUGGUGAAGACCAUUAUGAGGGAUUAAAAUUUCCCGAGGUCGCUAAUGAAAAUUUAUUAUUGGCGUUAUUAUUUUUAUCAUCGCCAUUAGAGCGGGUCAAAAAACCCCAAAGUGGUGGACCCGAGCUCUAGUUUACUGAACAUCUUUAUUUGAUGAUUUGAAUUAUAUUUAGGUCCAUCGACCUACCCUAGUCACCCUUAUUUGGUGACUCGGACAUCUGAAAAUUAGAGCCGCUACCGGCCGCACAUGGCACUAUGCCCGAGAGCGGUAAACGGUACACCUCGUUCUCGGAAACGCUAAUCGCGUCGCCCAAAAGCCGUUGCCAUGAACAACGCACCUAUUGUAUUCCGCUUAUUUUUUGGAAAUGUAAAUAGAAGAUACCACGUGUCGUAUCAGCAGCCUUCGAGCGAAAGGCUCAGGUCUGCUCCGCUUUGUAUUUUGUAUCAGCGAAGGGCUCAGACCUAGCUGAGAGAGCACAUCGUCCUGGCCCCGUAAGCCUAGAGUGAAACGCUCAGGUAUGGCCGACGAUGUCCCCAGGACGAGGGGCCCGCAAACGGCCCGCGUCUUGAAAUGGGAAGUUCACCGCGUCGUCCACGCGCCAGAUCGCAGGACGACAGGCCUGAAAUCAUGGCCGAGGUGGCAAAAUCCCCCCACUCAGGGUUGGGCAACGGCAGCCGUUGGAAACCAACCAAAAGUCUAGCCCGCGUCAUAAAUAGGCGACGGGACCCCCCUGAGAUCACGGACGUUAUAAACGAAGUCCGAACCGGCCGAAGGACGAGCACACCCUUCGGCCGAAGCCUGAAAGAAGGAUACUCCCCGAAAUAAGGAAUGGAAACGGAAAUGAAAAAAAAAAGGAAAAAGAAAAAAAUAAAAGAGGGAAGCCGAGGACCGCGCGCACUUGCCGACCUCGAGCAACAAAAAAUGAAAUCCCCACAACAAUACUAAGUACAUAUCAGGCAAAUAUUACACAUUAUGGACGAAGCAAGACCAUACAUGCGGCUUAGACGAGCGCCCAGCGCCGUCCCUCAUCUUAGACGAGCGCCCAGCGCCGUCCCUCAUCAUAGACGAGCGCCCAGCGCCGUCCCUCAUCUUAGACGAGCGCCCAGCGUCGUCCUCCAUUUGUAGACGAGCACCCAGCGCCGUCCCUCAUUUUCAGACGAGCGCCCAGCGCCGUCCUUCAUUUUUUAGACGAGCGCCCAGCGCCGUCCAUCAUUUUCAGACGAGCGCCCAGUGUCGUCCCUCAUCUUAGACGAGCGCCCAGCGCCGUCCUCCAUUUGUAGACGAGCGCCCAGCGCCGUCCCUCAUUUUCAGACGAGCGCCCAGCGCCGUCCUUCAUCUUAGACGAGCGCCCAACGCCGUCCCUCAUCUUAGACGAGCGCCCUACGCCGUCCUUCAUUCUUAGACGAGCGCCCAGCGCCGUCCCUCAUCUUAGACGAGCGCCCAGCGCCGUCCUCCAUUUGUAGACGAGCGCCCAACGCCGUCCCUCAUUUUUAGACGAGCGCCCUGCGCCGUCCUUCAUUCUGAGACGAGCGCCCAGCGCCGUCCCUCAUUUUCAGAUGAGCGCCCAGCGCCGUCCCUCAUCUCAGACGAGCGCCCAGCGCCGUCCAUCAUCUCAGGCGAGCGCCCAGCGCCGUCCAUCAUCUCAGACGAGCGCCCAGCGCCGUCCCUCAUUCUCAGACGAGCGCCCAGCGCCGUCCAUCAUCUCAAGACCGGCUUCCUCAGCGCCGAGAGUCUUCAGCUAGCGAUCGGGCUCGCCAUCCCUUCCCGGAGGGUGACCAUCGCCUUUAUAUGAUGAUCCGCUUCAUCAGCGCCUCGUCAUCAUAUUAUAGGACCGGCUCCUCAUCGCCGUUGUCCUCACAUCACGGCCGGCCCCUCGGCCUCGGCGUGAUCAUCUAUCUCAAGACCGGUUUCCUCAGCGCCGCGAGUCUUGAGCCAGCAAUCGGGCUCGCCAUCCCUUCCCGGAUGGUGACCAUCGCCUUUAUAUGACGAUCGACUUCACCAUCGCCUCGUCAUCAUUUAUUUGGACCGACUCCUCAUCGUCGUUGUCCUCACAUCACGACCGGCCCCUCGGCCUCGGCGUGAUCAUCUAUCUCAAGACCGGCUUCCUCAGCGCCGUGAGUCUUGAGCUAGCGAUCGGGCUCGCCAUCCCUUCCCGGAUGGUGACCAUCGCCUUUAUAUGACGAUCGGCUUCAUCAGCGCCUCGUCAUCAUAUUAUAGGACCGGCUCCUCAUUGCCGUUGUCCUCACAUCACGGCCGGCCCCUCGGCCUCGGCGUGAUCAUCUAUCUCAAGACCGGCCUCCUCAGCGCCGCGAGUCUUGAGCUAGCGAUCGGGCUCGCCAUCCCUUCCCGGAUGGUGACCAUCGCCUCUAUAUGACGAUCGGCUUCAUCAGCGCCUCGUCAUCAUAUUAUAGGACCGGCUCCUCAUCGCCGUUGUCCUCACAUCACGGCCGGCCCCUCGGCCUCGGCGUGAUCAUCUAUCUCAAGACCGGCUUCCUCAGCGCCGCGAGUCUUGAGCCAGCGAUCGGGCUUGCCAUCCCUUCCCGGAUGGUGACCAUCGCCUUUAUAUGACGAUCGGCUUCACCAUCGCCUCGUCAUCAUUUAUUUGGACCGACUCCUCAUCGUCGUUGUCCUCACAUCACGACCGGCCCCUCGGCCUCGGCGUGAUCAUCUAUCUCAAGACCGGCUUUUUCAGUGUCGUGAGUCUUGAGCUAGCGAUCGGGCUCGCCAUCCCUUCCCGGAUGGUGACCAUCGCCUUUAUAUGACGAUCGGCUUCAUCAGCGCCUCGUCAUCAUAUUAUAGGACCGACUCCUCAUCGCCGUUGUCCUCACAUCACGGCCGGGCCCUCGGCCUCGGCGUGAUCAUCUAUCUCAAGACCGGCCUCCUCAGCGCCGCGAGUCUUGAGCUAGCGAUCGGGCUCGCCAUCCCUUCCCGGAUGGUGACCAUCGCCUCUAUAUGACGAUCGGCUUCAUCAGUGCCUCGUCAUCAUAUUAUAGGACCGGCUCCUCAUCAUCGUUGUCCUCACAUCACGGUCGGCCCCUCUGCCUCGGCGUGAUCAUCUAUCUCAAGACCGGCUUCCUCAGCGCCGCGAGUCUUGAGCCAGCGAUCGGGCUCGCCAUCCCUUCCCGGAUGGUGACCAUCGCCUUUAUAUGACGAUCGGCUUCACCAUCGCCUCGUCAUCAUUUAUUUGGACCGACUCCUCAUCGUCGUUGUCCUCACAUCACGACCGGCCCCUCGGCCUCGGCGUGAUCAUCUAUCUCAAGACCGGCUUCCUCAGCGCCGUGAGUCUUGAGCUAGCGAUCGGGCUCGCCAUCCCUUCCCGGAUGGUGACCAUCGCCUUUAUAUGACGAUCGGCUUCAUCAGCGCCUCGUCAUCAUAUUAUAGGACCGUCUCCUCAUCGCCGUUGUCCUCACAUCACGGCCGGCCCCUCGGCCUCGGCGUGAUCAUCUAUCUCAAGACCGGCUUCCUCAGCGCCGCGAGUCUUGAGCUAGCGAUCGGGCUCGCCAUCCCUUCCCGGAUGGUGACCAUCGCCUUUAUAUGACGAUCGGCUUCAUCAGCGCCUCGUCAUCAUAUUAUAGGACCGGCUCCUCAUCGCCGUUGUCCUCACAUCACGGCCGGCCCCUCGGCCUCGGCGUGAUCAUCUAUCUCAAGACAGGUUUCCUCAGCGCCGCGAGUCUUGAGCCAGCGAUCGGGCUCGCCAUCCCUUCCCGGAUGGUGACCAUCGCCUUUAUAUGACGAUCGGCUUCAUCAGCGCCUCGUCAUCAUAUUAUAGGACUGGCUCCUCAUCGCCGUUGUCCUCACAUCACGGCGGGCCCCUCGGCCUCGGCGUGAUCAUCUAUCUCAAGACCAGUUUCCUCAGCGCCGCGAGUCUUGAGCCAGCGAUCGGGCUCGCCAUCCCUUCCCGGAUGGUGACCAUCACCUCUAUAUGACGAUCGGCUUCACCAUCGCCUCGUCAUCAUUUUUUUGACCGACUCCUCAUCGUCGUUGUCCUCACAUCACGACCGGCCCCUCGGCCUCGGCGUGAUCAUCUAUCUCAAGACCGGCUUCCUCAGCGCCGAGAGUCUUGAGCUGGCGAUCGGGCUCAUCAUCUCUUCCCGGAUGGUGACCAUCGCCUCUAUAUGACGAUCGGCUUCACCAUCGCCUCGUCAUCAUUAUUUGGACCGACUCCUCAUCGUCGUCGUCUUCAUAUCACGAUAGACCCCCUCGGCCUCGACGUGAUUAUUUAUCUCGAGACCGGUGUUAGUCAUCCCUUCCCUGAUGGCGACCGUUGCAUGGAUCUUCGGACCGGCCCCUCAGUGCCUUCGUCCUCAUAUCAUGACCGGCCCCCUCGGCCUCGACGUGAUUAUUUAUCUCGAGACCGGUCUUAGUCAUUCCUUUACCGAGUGACGACCGUUGCAUGGAUUUUUGGACCGGCCCCUCAUCGCCGUCGUCCUCACAUCAUGCCCGGCCCCUCGGUCUCGGCGUGAUUAUCUAUCUCAAGACCGGCUUCCUCAGCGCCGAGAGUCUUGAGCUGGCGAUCGGGCUCACCAUUCUUCCUGGAUGGUGACCGUUGCCUCUAUAUGACGAUUGGCCCAUCAUGGCCUCGUCAUCAUUUAUUGGAACGGCUCAUCAUCGCCGUCAUGCUCACAUCGCGGCAGACCCCUCGGUCUCAACGCGAUCUUGAGCUAGCGACUGGGCUCACCAUCCCUUCCUGGAUGGUGACCAUCGCCUCUAUAUGACGGCCGGCUCAUCAUUGCCCCGUCAUCAUAUUUCGGAUUGGCUCUUUUCAUCGCCAUCCGCGCAUCACGACCGGCCCCUCGGCCUCGGCGUGACUAUCUAUCUCAAGACCGGUCUUAGUCAUUCCUUCAUCGGAUGGCGACCGCUGCUUGGACUUUUGGAUCAGCCUCAUAGUGCUGACGACCCCGCAUCACGAUCGGCCCCUCGGCCACGACGUCACACCCUAUCCCAACACCGGCUUCAUCAGCGCCGAGUGUGUUGGGCUAGCGAUCAGGCUCACCAUCCCCUCCUGGAUGGUGACUAUCGCCUCUAUAUGACGAUCGGCUCCAUCAUCGCCUCGUCAUCAUAUUUCGGACUGGCUCCUCAUCAUUGUCAUCCGCACAUCGCGAUCAGCCUCUCGGGCGCGACGUGAUUAUUUCUCUCAAGACCGGCUCCCAGCGCCGAAGUCUUGUUAUAGCGAUUGGGCUCGCCAUCCCUUCCCGGACGGCGACCGUCGCCGCUAUAUGACGCACGGCUCAUCAUCGCCUCGUCCUCACAUUUAGACCGGCCCCAGCGCCGAAGUCCUUAUCUAGCGACCAGGCUCGCCAUUCCCUUCCUGGAUGGUGACUGUCGCCUUCAUAUGACGCAUGACUUAUCAUCGCCUCGUCCCCAUAUUCGGACCGGCUCACCAGCGCCAUCGUCCCCAUAUUCGGACCGGUUCGUCAGCGCCGUCGUCCAAAUAUUCGGACUGACUCAUCAGCGUCGUCGUCCUCAUAUUCAGACAGGCGUCCACCGCCUCGUCCCCCUAUUCAGAUAUAGCGAACAUCUUGCGGUCUCCGGCCGAAAGGCAAAGGAGCCCAGAGUUCAGCCAUAUAUCGCUCCGUCAUCUUUAUUUGAUGACGCGAAGCUCAUUUGUAGGCCCAUCGGCCAUAUAUCGCUCUGUCAUCUUUAUUUGAUGAUGAAGAGCUCAUUUGUAGGCCCAUCGGCCAUAUAUCGCUCUGUCAUCUUUAUUUGAUGAUGAAGAGCUCAUUUGUAGGCCCAUCGGCCAUAUAUCGCUCUGUCAUCUUUAUUUAAUGACGAAGAGCUCAUCUACAGGACCAUCGGCCAUAUAUCGUUCUGUCAUCUUUAUUUGAUGAUGAGGAACUCAUUUGUAGGCCUCUGAGCAACAUCUUGCUGCGUCAUCUUUAUUUGAUGACGCGAAGCUCAGUUGCAGGCCCAUCGGGCAUAUAUCGCCUCGUCAUCUUUAUUUGAUGACGCGAAGCUCAUUUACAGGCCCAUCGGCCAUAUCUCGCUCCGUCAUCUUUAUUUGAUGACAUGGCGCUCUCAUAUAGGCCUCUCUCGGCCAUACAUCACCCCGUCAUCUUUAUUUGAUGAUGUGGGGCUCUCAUGUAGGCCUCUCAGCCAUCCAUCGCCCCGUCGUCUUUAUUUGACGACGUGGAGCUCUUAUGCAGGCCCCUCGGCCGCACCAUCGCCCCGUCGUCUUUAUUUGACGACGUGGAGCUCUUAUGCAGGCCUCUGAGCCAUACAUCACCCCGUCAUCUUUAUUUGAUGACGUGGAGCUCUUAUGCAGGCCCCUCGGCCGCACCAUCGCCCCGUCGUCUUUAUUUGACGACGUGGAGCUCUUAUGCAGGCCCCUCGGACGCACCAUCGCCCCGUCGUCUUUAUUUGACGACGUGGAGCUCUUAUGCAGGCCCCUCGGCCGCACCAUCGCCCCAUCGUCUUUAUUUGACGACGUGGAGCUCUUAUGCAGGCCCCUCGGCCGCACCAUCGCCCCGUCGUCUUUAUUUGACGACGUGGAGCUCUUAUGCAGGCCCCUCGGCCGCACCAUCGCCCCGUCGUCUUUAUUUGACGACGUGGAGCUCUUAUGCAGGCCCCUCGGCCGCACCAUCGCCUCGUCGUCUUUAUUUGACAACGUGGAGCUCUCGUACAGGCCUCUCGGCCCAUCGGCCUUACGUUCUGGUCAUCUUUAUUUGAUGAACCAGACAUCAUAUUGUGGACGGUCGCUCGACCCAUCCCUUAGUCAUCUUUAUUUGAUGACUAGGACUACUGAUCAUGAUGAGCUACCCACAUCUAGAGAUUGGCAUCGACCAUCCAGCAGACGGGCACCGCUACAGCUCCAUCUCCAGGCCGAAGGGCUCGCACCUUUUGUUUCAUUUUGGGGGCAUCCGGUGUACUCUUUUUCCCUCAUUAUGAUUUUUUCCCACAGGGUUUUUCCUAAUGAGGUUUUUAACGAGGCAUCUCCCCAUCGUGGAUCAAAAGGUGUCAACCCUCGGCCCCCUGUUGAAGACAUCAUCUGACACGCAUUACUCUACUCCUCUUCACCUCAUUACACUCGCCUCAAGGAGUGGGGGACUGGAAGAGCGGGGGACUUAGCGCCUCCGUUAACCAAAGAAGCAGAAAUUCAAAUUUUUGUUCAUGAAGUUUACUCACCAGACGGCGACAGAUCAGCACACAGUUCUACUCUCUUUCACCUCGAAUACUCUCGACUCAGAGAGUGGGGGACUCCUGAUAGAGUAUAUAGACUCGGACCCCCGGGUCUAACCAAAGAUGUCAUGCUCAUUUCAAAAUGUCAUAUCAAU